GAGGAGGAGGGAGCUGAAACAGGAAGGAAAGCAGGCGGAGAGGGACGGGAGGGAGGCUGUGAAUGCUAACAAGCCCCGUCGUAACCGUAUAGCUGUGUAGGUAGGGUUUGAUAACACAUCUUGCAAUGGAGAGGAACGACGACCACUAUUAAAACUCCUACUAUGCGCCAGCGCAGAGUCCGCCUUGCGCGCGUGCAGCAGCCUCACCGUCGUCGGCACGUUUGAUCAGAAAAACCGUCUUUUUUCCUCUGAGUGAAAUGUAUCGCGACUGCUCGGGAUUCACAUUCUGACAAUGGAGAUUGAAAAUAUCGUGGCCAACACGGUUCUCCUGAAGGCACGGGAAGGUGGAGGAGGAAAGAGGAAUGGCCGCAGCAAGAAAUGGAAAGAGAUGCUAAAACUCCCGCACAUCAGCCAGUGUGAGGAGCUACGUCGCACCAUCGAGAGGGACUACACUAGUCUAUGUGAGAAGCAGCCCAUUGGUCGGCUGUUAUUCCGUCAGUACUGUGACACAAGGCCAGAGCUGAAGCGCUGCAUGGAAUUUAUGGAUGCUGUGGCUAUGUAUCAGCUAGCUCCCGAUGAGAAAAGGAGGGACUGUGGACUGAAUGUUUUAGACACAUACUUUAAUAAUGGGUCGGCAGCCCAUCUGCCUGACAUACCCCAGGAUGUUGUCGCUGGGUGCCGGGAGAGGUUGGAGCAGAGUCCGUGUAAGGAGCUCUUCAAUGACUGCACCAAAAUAGUUCGUGAUUAUCUGAGUGGAGCUCCAUUUUCCUCCUACCAGGAGUCCAUGUACUUCUCUCGCUUCCUGCAGUGGAAAUGGUUGGAGAGGCAACCAGUAACCAAAAAUACCUUCAGACAUUACAGAGUACUAGGAAAAGGUGGAUUUGGCGAGGUUUGUGCCUGCCAAGUACGUGCCACCGGUAAGAUGUACGCCUGUAAAAAGCUGGAAAAGAAACGAGUGAAGAAAAGAAAAGGUGAAGCAAUGGCACUAAACGAAAAACGCAUUUUAGAAAAAGUUAACAGUAGUUUUGUAGUUAGUCUAGCAUACGCCUAUGAGACCAAGGAUGCGCUGUGCCUGGUGCUGACCAUAAUGAAUGGCGGUGACUUAAAGUUUCACAUUUACAACAUGGGGAACUCAGGCUUUGAUGAGCAAAGAGCCAUCUUCUACGCUGCUGAGAUUUGCUGUGGCCUUGAGGACCUGCACCGUGAGAGGAUAGUUUACAGGGAUCUGAAACCUGAAAACAUCCUUCUGGAUGACCGUGGACAUAUUCGAAUUUCAGACUUGGGCCUUGCUGUGCAAAUCCCUGAAGGGGAGACGAUACGAGGGAGAGUAGGCACCGUUGGAUACAUGGCACCCGAGGUGAUCCAGAAUGAGAGCUACACCUUCAGUCCGGACUGGUGGGGGCUGGGCUGUCUGAUCUUUGAGAUGAUCCAGGGCCAGUCACCUUUCCGCAAGCGCAAGGAACGUGUCAAGCGUGAGGAGGUGGACAGACGAGUGCGGGAGGACCAGGAGGAAUAUUCUGAUAAGUUCUCUGAGGAGGCGAAAGACAUCUGCAGACAGCUCCUGGCCAAGGACCCCAAGGAGAGACUGGGCUGUCAGGGUGGCGGGGCCAUAGAGGUCAAGCAGCACCCCAUCUUCAGAAAUAUCAACUUUAAACGACUGGAGGCCAACAUGUUGGACCCUCCCUUCAUCCCAGAUCCUCGAGCUGUGUACUGUAAAGAUGUCCUGGACAUUGAGCAGUUCUCCACUGUCAAAGGCGUGAACCUUGACCCCACAGAUGACGACUUUUAUUCCAAGUUUGUCACAGGCAGUGUCUCCAUCCCUUGGCAGAACGAGAUGAUCGAGAUGGAGUGCUUCAAAGAAAUCAACGUUUACGAGACAGACGGGACACUGUGCCCAGACCUGGACAUGAACCGGCCUAACCCUCCACCAAAGAGAGGCUUCUUCUACCGCCUGUUCAGAAGAGAGGCAAGUGCUAGUGCUCCGGCAACUGUGCGAGGGGGUGGGGGCUAAGAUCUGUUUUGAGGGCAGUUACAGCGAUGACGAGACUGAAGGGCCCUCGCGACUUUAAACCACUCCCUUCACCUGCACCCUUCCGCCGCAGAACUUCUCCACAAACUCCAACCGAGCGCAAAUCUUAGGAACUCAGUGAAUGUUGACCUGUAUUUAUGAGCUGUAUUAAAAGUGUAUUAUAAUUAAAGAAAAAAGUAUGAGUUUAAAGAUUUUGUACAUUUGUACUUGAAUUUAUGUCUAGAUGUAUAUUUUCACUAAAGGUUGUAUUGUACAAAAAGCCAUAAAAGUACCACUUGAAUGCAUACAUUUACAUUUUUAUUUCCUUUUUUAUUUUCUUUUGGAAUGAGUAUGGAUAAAGUGUGUUGGGGAGCUUUUUUUUGUUUUGUUUUUAAGAAGCACAGUACCAGUAGUCUUUUUAUUUUCUCAAUGUAGCAUAAGGCCUUUUUGUUUUCUUGUGAGCUGUAAUUUUGUCUUUGAUUUGGCCAGCGUGACAUGUUUUUAGUACAUCAGCUCUGCCUGGUUUCAAACUAACCCUAGCCUCCAAAUGCCUCAAGGCUCAGGUAGUUCUAAAUGAAGUGUGUAGAUUCUAAUGAAACGGGGUUAAAAAUGAAUCUAGACUACCGUUGCUGUGUUAAUGCCACACUGCUUAACUUUUCCUGUCUGUUUCAAGGACUUACUGCCCCUGUGUAUUUAAAUUGGUUGAGGUAAUCUGAUCCCUCUCUUCAGCCCAGUUAUGCAGGUGGCCGUGUAGUGAACUGUCUUCUAGGUGCCUGUACCGACCCAGUUCUAGCAGAGGUGGCGAGUUUACUCCUAAUUGUGGUUUAUUUAGCACGUGUAAGAGUUAAAUAGUAAAUAUGAUAUGGUGGAGGCCAUUUGCAGUAACAUGAAGCCUGAUCCCCAUCAUUACUGGACCUCUCUAGAAAUCUUUUUUUCAUGAGCUGCAAAAGCUCAGAACAUUAAUUUUUAGAUGCACAGCUAUUGAGUAAAAGUCUGUUACAUUAUUCACUUAGGUUGAAUAUUUUUGGGGUGAUUUAUCUCUAUUCCUCGUCUUUUUUUCUUUGCUGUGUUCUCUGGCUUUUAUUUCCUUUUCUGACUGUGUCCAGUUGUUUUGAAUUGUUUAGCAUGCAUAUGGUUUUAAGCAGACCAGAAAGCCUCUGGGUGUUUGGACACAUUUGACUGAGUUGGAACAGGAAGACAGAUGAUAAAGGAGGCGAUGUUGGAAAUGUAACAUAGACCUGGCCUGCAGCUGACAACUGCUUCUUUAAAAAAGAAACGACAACAAAAACUCUUGCGCCAGAUCAGCUGGUUCAGAUGUCAGCCGUCUUUGGCCUUUGUGCUUGGCUGAUCGCUAGUUGGCCUCCAUUUAUCCUCCCUAGCUAUAACUGUUUGAGAUACAUGUAGAAUUUGUUACUGAUGAUGGGCACCUUUGACUACUAUAUUCAGAGCUUGGAUGUUGCUCUCUCAGGAAUGACCUGAGAAAGUUGCUCAUGUGCGCAGAUGCCGAGAAAUUAACAAUCAGUUGAGUUCUGAAUUGCAGAAACAAGAUUGUUUUACAUUUUCCUACAGCCCUGUUUCCUUCCAAGUUAAUCAGCCAAGAGCAAAUACAUUUUCUUUACUUUCCCCAUUUAUAUAUAUAAAAAAACAAACAAACAUGUUCACCAUUUGCUUUUUUCUGAGGCAUUUCAGACCCAUUUUAUGAAUUUAGCUUUGGAGGCAGUUGCUGUUUACUUCCACCUUCUGUUUUUAAUGCUGUGAAUACCCCACCUGCACAUGUUAGUUUUAUGUGUAUAACCUAAAUGAUUAAUCAAUUUUUUUUCUACAGAAAAGCAAAGUCUGCAUUUUGUCAAUACAGCGCUUCAGAAUCAUGUAGGAGCUUGAUUCAAUUCCUAACACUUUUGAAACUGUAUACAUUUAAAGUGGCACACAUAUAGGUCCCCUAUGUAAUUACCUAAUUUGGAGAAGUGGCUUAUUCUAAGAGUUUGUCCCCUGUUGCACAUUCCAUUAUCAGGAAUCAGAUGGGUGCAUCUAGCUGUCGCCGGCUUCUUGUCAUUGAGUUUCUUAGUGUCUUUAUUUCGUUUGUUGUUGCUCUCAGGCACAUUUGAAGCUGAUUUUGCUUGCCUCUGUAGAUUUUAGCCUUUUAGCUCUUUAGCCUCAAAAACCUUGUAAAUUAUGUAUUUCUAACAUGUAACUGAUUCACUCAUUCUCACAAGGAAACUAAACUGUGUUCACCACCCAUGACUCUAUCAUUGUUUUGACCAUCUUUACUCUUACACCUUCCAUAUAGCAGUGAAGAAAUUCUGUUUUUCGUUCCAUUGCACUAAUGGUGUGUUUUGACAAUGACUAUGGGAAAAGUGUCUUUAAACUUUUGUUGGUUUGUUUUUAUUUUGUUUUUUUGCCAGUGAUACCAAAAGCGACAUAAACUAAAUUAGAAUUUCUUUGUUAUCUGAAGAAUUUAGUAGAGAAAGACUGACAGCCUUUAUUAAAUGUGCCAAUAACCAAGUUAAUUUUUGACAUCCUGCCUUUUUUCAGCCUCUUUAUCCUUCCGUCCAUUCUUAGAGAAAUCCCUUUGCGUAAAGGAACUUUAAACAGCUCAACAGUUUUGAAUGUCCGCACUAAGUGCAUUGUAAUGCCUGUUUAGAAAAAUGCAUAUGUUUUAUUACUCAAGCAUGUAUCAGUUUGUAAUACUUCAGGUUCCUUGUAUAUGUAAAUUAUGACCUUCUAGUGCCAACAUAUCUCACUGGUAUCUGAGGACAUCUUUAUGAAUCGCAAGGCGACCAGCUGAGUCUUUGAAUUCAUAAAGCGCAUUCCUUCUCUUCUGCCUUUCCUCCAAGACUCUGAUGGUGAGUCAAGCCACUUCCCGAACACUGGGAUGGCGCUCACCAGCGACGUUUCGAAGCGCAAGUUAUUUAGUUUACUCAAGUCUAGCUUUGGGAUGACCACCGACACAGGCUGGGAGGUUUUGCGGGGUUUCACGUUCUUUUGUCCAGAUUUGUCAGUUAAGUAAUAUUUUCGAGAAAGGGAGAAAUGAUGGAUGGAUUAUGGGUUUUCAAACUCGGCCUGGGACUUCUUGAUUUUUCUUCUUUAUUUUGUAUCUGUACAGUCAUGUCGUUCAACCACUGCAGUCAUUGUUAAUUCUUGUACAAGUUGUAUCACUGGUUGUUGUACCAUAUCUGACAUUUGUAAUUAUGAAAUAAUACACUGCCAUUUGUAUAAAAAUACUUGUGUCUUGACUUA